AAAAAAAACAGUACAUAGUAUUACUGAAUUAAGAAAAUAAAUUAAAAAUCAAAUACUCAAAAAUGUUUCCAAACCAAUUUCUAUGCAAUUUUUGCAUUUUCGCAUUGUUGUUGUGCAUAGUGAAAGCACAAGAUGACGGUAUUGCUGCAGUGUCCACCACUAAUGCUCCUACAGAGAGCUCUAAUGUUGCAGAGGUAUCAAGCACUGCAAGCACUAUAAUUACUGAUAUCGGUGCUACAUCUUCAAGUUCCGCUAAUGAAAAUAUCCAAAAUACUGAGGCUGGUAGCUCCACGGAAAAUAGUGCUGCUGUUGUCGGCGCGACGAAUGCAAAGAAAUAUUUCUCAGCCGCUGACUUGCCAAUUUGUAAGCUAAGUAGUUCGCAGUUCAACGAUUGUAUUAAAAAUCUUUUACAAAAAUCCUUGGAACGUGUAAAAGAUGGCGAUAAGCAAUUGAAUAUACCAACAAUCGAUCCUUUCAAACUCAAUCGCACGACCUUUCAAUAUCAAAAUGGCAAUAUACGUGGACGUAUAUUCAUGCGUGAGGCACAAAUAUAUGGCUUUUCGAAGACCCACAUAAAAACAUUGGAUUUGAAAAUCAACGAUGGCAAAAUCAAAAUGAAAGCACUCUCGCUGGUGCCAGAGAUGCGCAUAGUGGGCAAUUAUAAGGCUGAAUUUGUGCUGAAUAAUGUGCAAUUGCGGCCAAAGGGUGUAUUCAAUGUGUCAUUGGUUGAUGUGAAUAUAGACCAAAAAUAUGAGGGUGGCUUCUAUGAAGCUGACGGCCAUCGUUUCGUUCGUAUGACAGAAUUCGAUGCUGAACCGAAAGUUGGUGAUUUUAAAUUAACUGCCACUGGCCUGUUUCCGGAUCCAACAUUGAAUGAGCUUGCCGUUAAUAUUGUUAAUCAAUAUUGGCGUCAAAUCUUUCAAGUUUUCCUGCCCGAAACACGCCAAUAUUGGGGCCCAAUGCUGCUGCGACAAAUAAAUGAAGUUAUGUCUGUUGUGCCAUAUGACGUCUUUGUGGUUGAUUAGUAUGUAUUUCUGAAGAAUGGUGUAUUCAGGGUAGAUGUGUUGAGGCUACCUGAGGUUGAGCGAGUUCGCCGCUUAAGUCUUUCGAUUUAUUUGUGCUCAAAUAAAAAAAUUUCUAUGUAAAUAUAUGUACUUAUUAUAAAUGUGUAUCUUAAGCAUAUAUUU